CAAAUCGCUUGUUACGGACAAAACGUUAAACACGCAUUUGUAACAUUUUUGAUAGGAUUUUAUCUCCAUAGCUGUAACCUCUCCGGGCGAACUCUGCAUAUCAGUCAUGUACCUGUACCUCCUGGGGCUGGUAGUUUUCUACUAUGUGUACCGCUGGGUCAGGGAGCAGCCCAGGGUCCCCAACAGGGGCAGCAAGCAUGUGUACAUCACAGGCUGUGACUCUGGCUUUGGCAACCUCCUGGCCCGGCAUCUGGACAAACAGGGUUUCAGAGUGAUCGCUGCGUGUUUUACGGAGAAGGGAGAGGAAGAUCUGAAGAAGUCCUGCUCCAACAACCUGAUCACAUCACACCUAGAUGUGAGGUCAGAGGACAGCAUUGCCAAAGUUGCAGCAAUGAUCAAGGACAAAGUGGGGCAGCGCGGCUUGUGGGCUGUAGUCAACAAUGCAGGUGUGUCUGUUCCCGGUGGCCCGUGUGAUUGGCUGACCAUUAAUGACUACAAGUCCAUGCUGGAUGUGAAUCUGAAUGGGGUGAUCGCUGUUACCCUGAGUGUCCUGCCGCUAAUUAAAAAGGCCAGAGGAAGGGUGGUCAACAUAGCCAGUGUGUUUGGGAGGAUCUCUGUUACUGGAGGCCCAUACCCUGUGUCUAAGUUUGGUGUGGAGGCUUUCAAUGACAGUCUCAGAUUAAGUAUGGCACCGUUUGGUGUUAAAGUCCUCUGCAUUGAGCCAGGCUUCUUCAAAACAAAUGUGACUGAUGUUGGCAUUAUGAGUAAAAAUGUCAAGCUGUUGUGGGACAAACUGCCCCAGGAUGUCCGAGAGGACUAUGGACCUGACUAUGUACAAAAGGCUAUAGAAAUAAUAGAAAACAAACUUGCCAUGAUGAGUGAUGGAGAUCUGAUGAAGGUGGUCAGCUGCAUGGAGCACGCUGUAGCCGCGGUGAGGCCUCGCACCCGCUACUCCCCCGGUUGGGACGCCAAACUGUUCUGGCUGCCGCUGUCUUACAUGCCAUCUUGUGUAACUGAUUACAUCAUGAUGAGAGAAGCCAUUCCUAUUGCCAAACAAUUGCAGUAAAUAGUGUUUUUUUUUUUUUAUCCGUGUGUGCACAUUUUGUGCUUUUCAAUUAGAAGAGUAUUACAGAACACCAUGCAUUAAAUGUCUAAAUAAACAUAAAGAACUGCUUUGUCUGUUUGCAUUCCUUUUAAUAUUUUAUGUAGAGUUGCUUGUCUCACAAAUUGCAGGUACUUUCAAGGCCACCUUAUCUACAGACAAUUAUAAGUAUGUUCAGUUUGUUUUUGGCUUUGAUAGGUAUGUGCUAAAUGUUAAGGAAGCAAUAAACUAGCAGCCUGAUUAGACUUGAUUACACAUACAGUAUGUUUCUGUCAUUUUUUUGUGGAAAUCCAUCUUAUUGCUGUAACUGCAUUUUUUGCUGAUGUUAAUACUGCUAUUUUGUUAUAUUACACAGCCUUAUGCUAGUUUACUGUUUUGCACAUUGAGAGCCAAUGUACCUGAGCCAAAUUCCUCGUGUGUCCAUCACACCUGGCCAAUAAAGCUGAUUCUGAUUUUUAUAAUAGUAAGGCAUAUGUAAUUUUAACUGUUCAGCAGUAUGCAUUUGGUAAAUUUUGAGCAACAGAGAUACAGGACUGUGGAGAACAAUUCAGUGUAUUUGGCUAGUGGCCUGUGGUAAGUAGUAGUAUAAGGCAAUUUUCAAAGGUUGUAUCUCCUUCCACCUGUACAAAUAAAACCAUAAUUUGCUUGUUAAUACUGCUUAUUUUGUUACAUUACACAGCCUUAUGCUGGUUUACUGUUUACUUGCCCAGGUCUCCAUUUUAUUCCUAUUAUCUCAUCUCAAUGUGCAUUCCUUUGUCUGCAUUGUUUACUGCCUGUUUAUUUUGCAUUGUUUGCUGCUUGUUAAUACUGCU